AAAUAAACAUAUUUUUUCAGGCUCCGUUGUUGAUAUUUAGCCUACGCAUCCGUUCUAUUAUCUCACCCACGUGACUGAUAAUUCACCAAGAAGCAGCAGUAGCCCAUUCGCCCUCAGUCUCACGUCUUCUUGCAGCCGACAAUGUUCUUUAACUAGCGGAUAAUAAAUAAAAUUAACCGAACAGCAACAUAAAUUAAAGCGAAAUGUCUUGGGUAUUAAUUAGGCUAUUGUUGUUAGCAUGUAUAAUAAAUUUAAUAAAAGCUUCAUGCAUUUUGCAACCGGCUCCAUUUAUAACGACUUCAGCACGUACACCAGGAGAUGGAGGGUUCAAAAUAUCAAUAAGUGGAAAUAAUUCCAAGUAUAUUCCUAAUACAAUUUAUUCAGUCAGCAUACGAAGUGAUCCAGCUUUACUGUUGACAGAUCCAACGGCAAACUUGCCGACUUUUUCACGGUUCCGGCUCAUAGUUGACUCGCAGUAUUCUCCAAACAGUCCAGUGUCAAAAGUAGGGUCAUUCCAACUCUAUCCAGAUGCUCUGACCUCAUUUGACGAAGAUUGCAUCAACACAGUAAUCGAGACAGUCGACUACCCAAAGUCAGAAGUCCAGGUCAUGUGGAGAUCUCCUCCAGAAGGCUCAGGCUGCGUAAUUUUCACCGCGAUGGUCAUGACAAGUCCGUCAGUGUGGCACGCAGCGGAUGGCAAACUUGUAAAACAUUUUUGCGAGGCGUCCAGUGAUGACAUAGUCAGUCCAGAUGAUGAGCUAGGCUGCUGUGCUUGUGAUGAAGCCAAGUAUUCUCUUAUUAUGGAGGGUAUUUGGUCUAAAACAACGCAUCCCAAGGACUUCCCCUUCUCGGCAUGGCUGACGCACUUCAGUGACCUAAUUGGUGCCUCUCAUGAAAGUUCAUUUUCAUUCUGGGGAGCUGAUCAUAUUGCUACUGACGGAUUUCGUCAAUUAGCUGAGUGGGGCUCAGCAUCGGGAUUGGAAUCUGAGUUACGAGCCAAGUCACAGUACUUGAGGACGCUUGUUAAAGCUGCUGGACUCUGGUAUCCUAAUGUCAAUACAAAUACUAGUACAAGUUUUCGAGUUGAUAAAAAACAUCCGUUGUUAUCAGUCGCUUCGAUGCUUGGACCCAGUCCUGACUGGGUAGUUGGUGUAAGUAAAUUAAAUCUUUGCCAGAAAGAUUGCAGCUGGAAGGAGAAUUUGAUAAUUGAUUUGUAUCCCUGGGAUGCGGGAACUGACAAUGGCAUCAGUUAUAUGUCGCCUAAUUCAGAGACCAAACCGAGGGAAAAAAUGAAGCCUAUUACGACCAUGUAUCCAGAGGAUCCGAGAUCGCCGUUUUAUGACGCGAGUGGUAAGCAAAUGCUGCCACUCGCUAAGUUGUACAUCAAGAGGGAAAAAGUUAUUGAGCGCGGGUGUGAUGAAAAGUUGAAGGAACAAAUCGCUGAAUUUGAAGUUGCUGAAAAUACUGAAGAUACUUCGCGACCUGAAUGUGCGACAACAGAAUAUACUGCAUGGUCUUCUUGUUCAGUCACCUGUGGCAAAGGUCUUCGCAUGCGUACGCGUUCGUACUUAAUGCCAGAGAAAGCGCAGAUGUUUAAAUGUAACAGACAAUUAGUUUCUAAGGAAAUGUGCGUUGCAAGUGUUGCCGAGUGUCCAGGCGAAGAAGAGGAUGAGAAUGACAAUUUAACAGGCAGUCUCGAUGUAGAUCCAGUAAUCUGCGAGACAACAGACUGGUCCGAGUGGUCCGAGUGCUCGACAACUUGUGGAGUAGGUUUUAGAAUGAAAACUCGGAGAUUUGUCAAUAAAAUGGGCCGCAAAAAAUGCCCGCAUGUUACUCUAGUAGAGAAAGACAAGUGUAUGGGACCUGCGUGUCCUUCAGGAGCUGAAGAAGUACUCGAUCCCACUUGUCCCGUAACCGAAUGGUCAGACUGGUCUCCCUGCAGCGCGAGUUGUGGCAAAGGCGUUAAAAUACGAACGAGAUUGCUGAUGGUCGAUCCAUCGCGUCAAGAAGAAUGUUCUGCUAAAGUCGAACACAUCCAGCAGCGAUCUUGUCUAGUCCAAGCUGACUGCACCUUCGACAUGGCCACCGCUAAAGUAGUUUGCAUGGAAGAAGCCGACGUGGGACCUUGUCGCGGAUAUUUCCAGCGUUGGGCUUUUGAUUCUAAAAAACUCACUUGCAUUUCCUUUGGCUACGGCGGCUGUCGUGGGAAUCGCAACAAUUUCUUGACCUUCGAAGAGUGUUCAAGCACAUGUGGAAUUGUCAAAGCUGCAUUAACUGGCCAGCAACCUACUGGACAGUCUAGUCUAGGACAAAGUUUCACUCCACCUCCAGUUGAUUGCAUGGUAUCAGAAUGGUCGCCUUGGUCUCCUUGCAGUGUUACUUGUGGUGCUGGAAAAUUAACCAGCUUCAGAAUGAUCAAGAGACAGCCAGAGAAUGGAGGACGUCCCUGUCCAAGAAAAUUACAUCGACGUGCCAAAUGUCAACUUGCUCCUUGUGAAUAAUUAUCAGUAAUAAUAAUAAAUUUGCUCACACAAUACUUAAGUAAUCCAUGACUUAAAAGUAAAAUACAAAACUUAUAUAAUACUUAAAUAAUAAUAAGAUUUAGUUUAAAAAUAAACUAGACGUAAUUAAAUAAAACUAAUCUUUAUAUUAUUAAUAAUAAUUUUUUUUAUUAUAAUUAUAAUUUUUAAUGAUAUUAAUAUAAUUAAACGCGACAAUCGGCGACCGUUCGACAUUGUGCGCUUCUGUUUUUAAAAUACUAAUUUAAAUUCUAUUUGGAAUACAAUUAAUAUAUCAACUGGUGAUAUUUGGUCGUGACGACAACGUCUCAUCCACCAGUUUGUGUGUUAAAUGAUUUAAUAUUUAUAUAUAUAUUUUUUUUUCUUUAACAAUUCUUACAUCAUCGUCUAACUCGGGCUCUACUCGACUUUACUCUAAUAAUCGACAAUUUUAAUUGAUAAUAAAAUUUUAAAUGCUUUUACAAAUACUUGUAAUCGUCAACAUUUACUUUUU